GUUAAGGAUGAGGAUUGAGCAUCGAACGGAAGGAAUCAAGCAGGAAGGAUAAACGCCGCUCACGAGCGAUCCCGAGUGCGUAUCGGGUUAGGAUUAGAAUUAAGAUAGAAGUUAAGAAUAAACUAGUAUUGUAAUAGAAGCAAAACCGAACGAUCGCCAAUUUAUUUCCUCGUCUACAAUUUCGCUAACAUAAAAAUUGGUCCUUCGAACCGGAUCCCAUUAGUUACUGAUUAAUUGGCAAUCGUUUUAAGAAGUUUGUGUUGUUUAAUAAUAGAAUGUCUAAUCCGGAGCUAACAGCGUUUGUGGAUGUGCAAGCGGCGUCGAGUCCGAUCGAAACGCAAGCCUCGAUGGCGGGAAUAAUCGGGCGUUACCACGCACAUAUACUACGCCGUUUGGAAUCGCUGAAAGUGGCUUUGGAAUCAACGCAGGAUGCUGAUGCAUCAUAUCUUCAAGAGUGUACGGAGCAAUUAAAAUCCAUCGCAUCAUCCUUUGAGAGCAAAUACACGGCGAUCAUGGAAAGCAGCAAUGCCAUCAGUACAGAGGAGGAAGAGAGACAAUAUGCAGAGGUUGAGCAGCGACGCUUCGAGUUGUCUGUAGUGCUGAAACGGCGCGAAGCGGCGUUGUGUGCGUCGGCGAACGUUACGCACUCGCCAGGAGUGUCAAACCCCAAAUCGAAAGUGCGUUUACCAGAAAUUCCGUUGCCUAAGUUCGAAGGCACGUUAGAAGCUUGGCCGACUUUCCGUGACGCAUUUGGUAGUAUGAUUGACCAGCAUCCGAGCUUAUCCGACGUCGAUAAGCUCAUUUACCUGAAACGCGUGGUAUCCAAGGAGGCAGCUCAAGUGAUUGAAGCAGUGGAAACUACAGCAGCCAAUUACAACAUCGCAUGGGAACUACUUAAGAGUAGAUACGAGAACAAGAAAGUAUUGGUGCGCCGUUAUUUGGAGGAACUCUUCGCAAUUCCCGCGGCAAAGCGUGAAAGCUUCGAGUCACUCACCAAUUUGCUGGAUGGCUUCGAGCGAGCCAUCAAAAUGGUCGAAAAGGUUGGUGUUGUUACAAAUGGCUGGAGUGUGCUUCUAGCCCACAUGUUGUGCGAUAGAUUAGACGCGAAUACUCGAAAGCUAUGGGAAACGCAUCACCGAAGUGUAGAAGUGGCUGAAUACACUGAAAUAGUGCAGUUUUUGAAGCAGCAUGUAGUAGUGUUACAAGCAUUGCCUCCGACGAAGGAGCAGGUAUCAACUAGCACACACACCAACCACGGACGACAAAAGCUAAAGCAGGCAUGUGCAACCCUGAACGUGAUUGCGGAAAAAUGCGUUUUUUGUUCGCAAGAUUACCACUCUGCGUUUAAGUGCCAGACUUUUCGUAAUCUUUCGGUGAUGGAACGGUACAACUUAAUCAAGGCAAAGGGGCUUUGCAUCAAUUGUUUGGCAGCGGACCAUCGCGUAAAGGAGUGUGCAUCGAGUACGUGUCGAGUGUGCAAAUUAAAGCACCAUACCAUGUUACAUAGGUCGCCAGUUGAAACAACCCCCAACCCGAACACUUCUGUAGCUGCUGCUGAUGGAGAUCCUGCGCAACCCGUCGAAUCGAAAAGGGAAACCGGAAAUCAGGCGGUGAUGCUAACUCCAGCUGAGAUGAAAGCCGUACCCGUAACCACGACUGCUGUUUUACUCCCGACAGUUUUAGUUACGGUUUGGACACCUGAUGGAAACCAGACAAUUGCAAGAGCUCUACUCGACGGUGGGGCACAGAUCAAUCUAAUCACCGAACGAUUGGUCCAGCGACUACGAGUUACCAAACAACGAGAUCAUCAAACGAUUGGUGCUGUAGGCAGAGGCAGCCAAACUUCAUCGCAUUCGGUAAACGUUACAAUAGGUUCGCAAGUUACUAAUGUUUGUUAUCCUUUAAGGUUGCACGUUCUGUCGGAAAUUAUGUGGAAUCUUCCGCCAGCUAAAGUAGAUCAGCAGCUUUGGGAAAUACCGAAGAACAUUAGGCUUGCCGACCCGACUUGUGGUGAAGUUGGUAACAUCGAUAUGCUUCUAGGCAGAGAAGUAUACAACGACAUACUGAUGGAUGGAGUACUAAGACUUCAAUCGAAGCGUGACAAAUUGCUGCUGCAGGAGACCCAAUUGGGUUGGAUUGUUUCGGGAAAGUCAUCGGUACUUCAGAAUCAGCGACCGCAUCUCGUGAACCUUACCUGUAGCGAACCAGCGUUAGAUGAACAACUUACCAAAUUCUGGGAAAUCGAAUCAUGUCACACGUUAAGUACCUUUUCACCCGAAGAAUCGAAAUGCGAAGAUAUAUUUGAUAGAACCACUAAGCGAGGGCCAGAUGGAAGAUACAUAGUCGCACUUCCAAAGGAUCGAGUUAAGAUCAAGAAGCUAGGAUCCUCGUACACCAUCGCCAAACGACGACUCCACUCGUUGAGCCGUCGGCUUAAUGCCAACCCUGAAUUGAAGGCACAAUAUCAGGAGUUUUUGAAUGAAUAUCUGCGAUUAGGGCACAUGGUAGAAAUCGAUCCUGAUCCAGUAAAUGAAAAGAUUGCUUAUUACAUGCCGCAUCAUUGCAUCGUACGACCGGACAGUCUCACGACGAAACUACGAGUGGUUUUCGAUGCCUCUUGUUCGACGGAUUCCGGAAUAUCAUUAAAUGAUGCAUUGCUAGUCGGUCCGAUAAUUCAAGAAGACCUUUUGAGCAUUAUAUUGCGUUUUCGUAUGCCAAAAUAUGCGCUAACGGCGGACAUCGAAAAGAUGUAUCGUCAAGUAUGGAUAGCAGAAGCAGACCGUCCGUUACAACGCAUUCUUUGGGAAGAUACAGAACAUGGUGGAAUUCGUACGUAUCAACUGAAAACUAUUACAUAUGGAACAUCAUCAGCUCCAUACUUGGCCACCAAGUGUCUGCAAGCAUUAUCAAAAGAGGCAAAGGAAUCGCACCCUGUGGCUUCACAAUCCUUGGCGACAGACUUUUACAUGGACGACAUGAUUAGUGGUGUAGACACUGUCGAACAAGGCAAGCGUUUAUGCGAAGAAAUGGCCGAGUUGUUGCAGUCUGCUGGUUUUCCUCUAAGGAAGUGGGCAUCUAAUUCAGAGCAGAUUUUGAGUACGCUUCCAACCCAACUGCGUCAAAUGGGUUCGGAGCUGUUGAUAGAUCCCAACAAAUCCAUCAAAGCCCUUGGAUUAAAAUGGUCACCAAAAGCAGACAGCCUAGGUUUCGACAUACCCAAAUGGAAUUGUGACGAACAAAUUUCCAAACGCAGUGUUGUUUCCGACACAGCACGCUUGUUUGAUCCCUUGGGGCUAAUUGGACCAGUUAUUGUAAUCGCAAAAUGCUUCCUGCAGGAACUGUGGGAGAGAAAGAUCGACUGGGAUCAACCGUUGGAUGGAGACUUGCGACAAAGGUGGAUGAGUUUUAAGCAAGACAUGACUCAUGUUGCAGAGAUAACGGUCCCACGUCGAGUGAUAGCUGAAGGCGCAGAAGUCAUAGAGUUACACGGCUUUAGUGAUGCAUCGGAAAAGGCGUAUGGUGCCUGCAUCUAUAUGCGAACUACAUCGGUAUAUGGUACUAUAAAGGCAGAGCUGAUGUGUGCCAAGUCCAAGGUAGCGCCUAUUGAAAAUGGAAGGAAACAGAAAAGAGUAACGCUACCAAGGUUGGAAUUGUCGGGCGCUUUAUUACUGUGCCAUUUGUGGAAAAAACUACAGAGCAGCUUAAAACGCGACAUAAAGUGCACAUUUUGGGUGGAUUCAACGAUAGUGUUGCAUUGGAUAGCUGGAAAUCCGUCGCGAUGGAAGCCGUUCGUCGCUAAUCGUAUCUCGGAGAUUCAGCACAUCGCAGGCCAGAGUAGAUGGUACCAUGUAGCGGGUGCAGACAAUCCAGCGGAUAUUAUAUCCAGGGGAAUGAGCCCUAGCCAGCUGAAGGAAAAUGAAACCUGGUGGCAUGGGCCAAAAUGGUUGUGUCAACCAAUCAACUGGGUUGAGCAGACCAAUGUACCGAAUGCUGUGUUUUCUCCAGAAGAGAUGGAAGAACGUACCAUAGCCAUGACUGUUAGCAACAGUGGGGUGAAUCCCAUUUUCGGUCUUCGAUCAUCGUAUCCAGCAUUAUUGAGGAUGGCAGCAUAUAUCCUUCGAUUCCGGUACAACAGCCAAAGCGUAAAUCGAACCCAGCGUCGAAAGGGAAUAUUGUCAAGCAACGAACUACAGAAAGCUGAAACCACAUUGAUUCGUAUUUCACAAGCCGAAAGCUUUGCAGAAGAUAUCGCUGAUAUCCGACGAGACGGGCAAGUGAAGCAUAAGUCCUGCUUAAAGGCACUUGCUCCUGUAUUGAAAGAUGGUAUAUUACGUAUCGGCGGUAGAUUAAGAAACGCUCCAGUAUCAGAAACGCGCAAACAUCCGAUACUACUCGACUCAAAACAUCCUCUAACGAUCCUCAUCAUGCAAUCGUACCAUCAACAACUGUUGCACGCGGGCCCGCAACUACCAGUAGCUACGAUUCGGGAAAGGUUCUGGCCUUUGCGAGUGCGCAAUCUAGCACGACGGGUGGUACACGAGUGUGUGAAAUGCUUUCGCAGCAGACCAACUACGAUGCAACAGAUAAUGGGUGAUUUGCCAUCAGAAAGAGUCACUCCAACAGCGACAUUCGCUAACACCGGAAUUGAUCUGUGUGGACCGCUAUGGUAUCGACUAGCACCACGGAAAGCCACCCCAAUGAAAUGUUUUGUCGCAGUGUUCAUCUGCUUGGUGACUAAAGCAGUACACUUGGAACUGGUAGCAGAUUUGUCAACCCAGGCGUUUAUUGCAGCACUGAAGCGUUUCGUUGCAAGGCGAGGAAAACCAAGAACGAUAUCCUGUGACAACGCAAAAAACUUUCGUGGAGCAGAACGAGCCUUGCAGGAGUUAGCUGGCCUUUUUGACAUGCAACAAACGAAACACGCGAUUACAUCCCAUUGCCUCAACGAAGGAAUUGAAUUUAAAUUUAUUCCUCCCCGCGCACCGAACUUUGGAGGUUUAUGGGAAGCGGCCGUCAAGAGUUUCAAGAAGCAUUUAAAGGCAACAAUUGGCGCAACCAUCCUGUUAAAAGAAGAUCUCGAGACGCUCAUCAUCCAAAUCGAAGCCUGCUUAAACUCUCGACCACUCACACCAAUGUCAUCCGACCCCGAGGAUUUAGAGGUACUGACACCUGGUCACUUUCUUAUUAAUCGUAGUUUAGUGUCCAUUUUAGAGCCAUCGUAUGCUGACAUCAACAUCAACAGAUUGGAUCGAUGGCAAAAGAAUCAAGAGUUCCUGAGACGCGUAUGGAAGCAAUGGCAAACCGAUUACUUGUCGGUACUACAACCGCGGACGAAAUGGAGUAGCAAACGGGACAACAUAAAGGAAGGGACGAUGGUGCUCGUGAAGGAAGACAAUUUACCUCCGCUGAAAUGGGCCAUUGGUAGGAUCACUCUAACAUACAAGGGUCAAGAUAAUCACGUGCGAGUUGUUCAAGUUAAAACAAAAGACGGAGUGUAUCGACGGGCAAUUUCGAAACUGUGCAUAUUACCGGGGCAAGACAAAUUAGAAUUUGAAAAGGAAUAGUAGAAAGUCGAAGACCUUUCCACGGGGGGCGAAAUGUUAAGGAUGAGGAUUGAGCAUCGAACGGAAGGAAUCAAGCAGGAAGGAUAAACGCCGCUCACGAGCGAUCCCGAGUGCGUAUCGGGUUAGGAUUAGAAUUAAGAUAGAAGUUAAGAAUAAACUAGUAUUGUAAUAGAAGCAAAACCGAACGAUCGCCAAUUUAUUUCCUCGUCUACAAUUUCGCUAACAGA